AUGGCCCCGCCGCGGCCGCCCCCGGCGUCGCAGCCACAGCCACCGCCUGGCCGCCCGGCCGCCCGGAAGGCGCGCCACUUCCAGGCCUCCUUCCACUCGGGGCGCGCGCACCUCGUCAGUGAGCGCCGGCGCACGGCCGACAUAGCCCUGUCAGCAGGGGACGCUCCCACGGCCGGCGGCCCUCCCGCGCCCACGGUCACAGUCGGUCGAUUUGAUUUCAAUGCGCCGGAUGACGCGCCCCUCCCCGAGCCCGGCCCCGCGACCGGCACGCCCGGCCCCCGGCACUUCGACCGGUUUCUCCUGCACCCGGCCGUCCUGCGAGCAAUCCGCUUGGCCGGCUACUGCCAGCCCUCGCCGGUCCAGGCGGCCGCCCUGCCCGUAGCUCGCGCCGGGGCCGAUCUCGUCGUGCAGAGCGCCUCGGGCACCGGCAAGACCUUGGUCUUUGCCAUCCCCAUCGCAGAGCUGGUUCUGUCGGACCGCGGGGCCAGCCGAGCGGCGGCGGCGGCGGCGGCGGGCGCCGCCGCGUCCACUUCCCCUGGCCCCGGGGCGCAUGGGCCCCCGGUCGAUCCCACUCGAGCCUUGGUGGUGGCCCCGACGCGCGAGAUCGCCAUCCAAAUCGCCGACGUCCUGCGCGCCUGCCUGCCGGAGCCCGCCGGCUCCGGCCCCGGGGCCUGGGUGGCCCUAUGCAUCGGCGGGCAAUCGGUGCAAGAUGGCCGGCGGAGCUUCGGCGAUCCGCGCCUGGCCCCGGUGGUCGUUGGCACCCCCGGGCGUCUGGGGCACUUGCUGGAGGCCGGGGAUCUGCGCCUCGGCCGCGUGCGCAUCCUUGUUCUGGAUGAGGCGGAUCUGCUCUUCCGCGGCUUGGGUCCCGGGCGUGGCAGUGGCGCUGGCGGCGGCGGCGGCGGCGGCGGCGGCGGCGGCAGCGACGGCACCACGAGCAGCAGCACCACCCCCUUCCACCGGGAUUUGCUGCGAGUGGUGCGCGCAUGCCCGGCUCCCGGCGACCGGCAGACCAUCCUAGUGUCGGCCACCUGGCCCCCGGGUGUCCGGCGUCUGGCCGGCGAGGUGGUGUAUGGCCGGCCGGUCGGCGGCCGAGCCCUUGGUCCGGCGCCAUCACCGGUGCUGGUGGCCGUCGGUCGUGGCGAUCGUCCGGCCCUGCGUGGCCUUGCGCACUUUCACCUGGACCCAGGUCUUGGGACGGCCCCGCCAGGGGCGCUGGCCUCGAUUGUUGCCAGCGCUCUCGGCCUGCCGGCCGACGACCCGGAAGUUGAAGACCUGACGGCCAAAGUCCACCGGCUGUCGGAACUCCUCCAUGCCAACACCCCUGGCCCGGUGCACCAGGCGGUGGUCUUCGCCCGGCGGCGGAGCCACGUCUCCGCGGUGGCCACCGCCCUGGAGCGCCUGGGCCACCGCGUGGUGGCACUCUCCUCGCUGGAGGAGCAGGAGGCCCGGGUGCGCGCGCUGCAGGCCCUUCGCUCCAGCACCGCCCGGGUGCUGGUAUCGACGGACCUGGCCGCGCGCGGGGUGGACCUCGAGCGCGUCAACCUCGUGGCCAUGCUGGACGUCGGCACGUCCGGACCCCCGGGCCAUGCACCGGACGAGGGCCCCACCAAAGCGCCAGUGCCCAUGGGCCCGCUGGAUGCCGAGCAGGCGGCCCAGUACUUCCAUCGGGCCGGCCGCGCGGGGCGCUUCGGGUCCUUCGGGGCCGUGGUGCUGGUUGACCGGCUGGCGGCCGUCCGGCGGCUUGCCCCUCUACUCGGCGCCGAAGUCCUCCCCGAGAGCGGCCCUCCGCCCGGGGAUGAUGGCGACUACUUUGCCCUGAUGAAUGGCGGGGAUCUGGCCGGUCCCGAGCCCGGGAUGCGGAUCUUCCCCUGUCCGCCAGUCCUGCCCGGCCUCAUUGGCGACUACCUGACGGCCGAGCCGGCGGCCAGCCCCCCCUCCGCGGCCAAACCCAACGACACCGACCAAAAUGCAGCACCCGGGCACAGUGACGACGAGGCGGAGUACACCCGGCGCGCGGCCGCCGCAUCGGGACGCAGUCUCCGCGCCCUGGCCGGGCUCCUGGCCCAGGCCGAGCAAUCGGUCAUGGCCCCGGACGAUCUACCCUCGGCGGAGGAGCUGGAGGGCCCCGUGGCCGGUGACGCCCCCCGGGCCCCGGGGCCAGGCCCGACAGCGCCGGCCACCCCCCCGGCCGCGGUCGCAUCCUCGCAUGCCAGCACCCGGCCCGGCUCCUGGAACUGGCCAUCGGGCACGACCAUCCCCGGACCCGAUCCUCCUUGGGUUCCCGCGCCGGGGCCCGUGUGUCCGGCGCUUCUGACCCCUGCCUCAUGGCCGCGGAUGCCCCUGCUGGAUGGGCGGCCCGCCUGGCCAGCGGCGGGGGCGCCCGCUUUUCUGCCCUUUCGCCGGCUCCCGAGCGACCUUGCGUGA